AGGUCUGCUGCUGCAUCCGACCGCUCCUGUACGUGUGCGCGCCGUUCCCGGGGACGCGACCACACGUUUGACAUCAGUAUUAACGCACUGAAAUCAUACCAAGACGCAGUCUGUCGAGCCGACAAAACGAUCCAGAAAAAAACCCCGGCAUUCAGACAUCGUAGCAUCCCGUCUUUCGUAUGAGCUCGCAUCUUUCUUCACGGAGGAUGCUCGAAUAUACUGGACAAGCGCACCCGAUCGUCGAGGACGUGAAUCGCCAUGUCUGAGCAGCAGAGGCAGCGCACCCUCUCCACCUCUGGAGAGUCCCUCUACCACGUGUUGGGCGUCGACAAGCUGGCCACCACCGAUGACAUCAAGAAGUGCUACAGGAAACUGGCGCUGAAAUAUCACCCUGACAAGAACCCGGACAAUCCUGAGGCAGCCGAAAAGUUUAAAGAGAUCAACAAUGCCCAUGCCAUCCUGAACGACCCGACCAAACGCAACAUUUACGACAAGUACGGCUCCCUGGGCCUCUAUGUGGCCGAGCAGUUCGGCGAAGAGAACGUCAACACUUACUUUGUCCUGUCAAGCUGGUGGGCCAAGGCACUGUUUGUGUUCUGCGGGCUGGCUACAGGCUGCUAUUUCUGCUGCUGUCUGUGCUGUUGCUGUAACUGUUGCUGUGGAAAGUGCAAACCACGGCCACCUGAAGGACAGGAUCAGGAGUUCUACGUUUCUCCUGAAGACUUGGAGGCCCAGCUGCAGUCUGAUGAGAGAGAGGCAGGUGGAGGUGAGCCCAUUGUCCUGCAGCCCUCCGCCACAGAGACCACCCAGCUUACAUCUGACGGGCCUCAUACCACCUACCGGACCGACACUGGCUUCAACUAAUGGCCCUGCCCUCUGCCACCUCCACCAUGUGGCCCUCCACCUGCCCCUCUGCACCUACCCCAACCCAGCCCCCAUCCCCAUGGUCUGAGGAACAACCAGAGGAUCAACUCCUUCGAUAGCCUAAAACAAAAAGCCAGCGGUGGAAAUAAGAAAAGCCCGUGAUGGUGGAACACAAGCUGAACUCUGUCAGAACUCCCUUUCCUUGUUCCUCACAUACGCUGCCCCAUUCUUCCGUUAUUCUUCCAGAGUGGCAUACAUCCGCCUCCGUGUAGCCUGAAAACAACAAAGAGAGAGUUUAAAAAAACAACAUAAAAAUCUGUCAGAUGUUCGUUCUCCUGUUGUACUCUGUUUUUUGACCCUUAACGUUCAAACUUUCCUUCCAAACCCCAUCUCCUCUGGAUAAACCUGCUCAGUGUCACUAUAGCAUGAUUCCCCACAUCGGUAGCUGAGGUUGAAUACUUUUAACUUAACAUUAAGUUUAUUUAUGUAUACUUGUUCGGUCAGAAGAUAAGGGUAGUUCACGAGUGCAGUUCGCAACCAGCUCCCUUGACGUGCAUAUGUAUGUAAGAAAGGCCAGGCUAACGGUCAUUUUUGGUUUCUUUUCCAUCUCAUGCUGUUGAUCCUUCCAUUGUAUUUCUGAGAAGAGAGAAGCCUGACACAGAUUUGGUUAAAUCGAUAGCCUUAGUUUGGGAUUUAGGUCUUUGUUCAGUGACCACCUCAUAUCGGCUGUCUAGACUGCCCCGUGCUGUCUUAUCUGAGAGCCUGAAACAAGUUCUGUCAUAGUCUUCUCCAUCUCAUUUUUCCCAUAAGUGAUGCAAAGGUGCCACACACAUUUCAGAAUAUCUAUUUUCUUAAUGUUUAUUUAUGCUGUCUGUUAAAAAUAGAUGCGCUGUGUUGAGGUGUUGGCCAACUGAAAAGGCUGAGCCAAAAUUAGUGUGUCAACCAAUUAAAAAUAACUUUUGACAUCAAGGUUGUGCAGUGUGUGGAUGUUCGUAUGUGUACUAGCCAGUCUUUGUCUGGCCUGGUUAGGUUCUUUAGUCCUAGAAUUUAUAGCAUGUUCAGAGGCUUAGCAUUGCUCUGUUUGUUUAGUUCUGGUUUAUUGAUGUCUCUCUUUGCAUAUUUCAAGGGACUCAUUGACACGAACCCAUGUACUGUUCCAUUAUAUCUAACUAUACAUCUUAAAUGUAUAUCUAAGAAGGAAAGAAAAAGAAUAAAAUGUUUUUAUAUAGAUAUACAAUAUACACACAUUGUGUGUAUGUACAGUAUAUGUAUAUUUUGUGCAUUUUUACUUUGUAAUUGUUGGCUCAUAUUUAUUAUUAUACUGUGUUAUUGAUCUUUGUGAUAUGUGACAAUGGUUACCUAGACUGCCCCUCCCCCUUUCCUGUGGUCGCUUGAGACCCUUACGCAAAGAGCUAAUGUUGAUUGUGAGUAAACUGCCUAUGGUAGCUGGAAGUUGUUUAUUCCGGGGCAAGACAAUGUCUUUUAUUGCUAUUUACUUCUCAGUUUUAAAAUUGGACUAAGGUUUAAUACAUUUAAUACAGGAGAAUAAUGAAGUUCAUAUGUAUAGCAUCUGUAUUAGAACACAAAACCUAGUUUUGCAACAGUCUCUCACAGAUUAGUACAGAAAGCACUUUGAGUAACUAAUUUGAAUUACUUCACACAUCCAUAUUAAUCUUUCUAUAAUUUGUUUUUUUUUUUGGUUGUUUUUUUUUUUUGUUUAUAUGUAAUGACUUGGACAACUCUUUGGGUUUUGCAUUAUCAUGGUAUUCUCUUUACUCAUUUUUCAUCGGUGGCAUUUGAAGUUCCAAAGCUGUUGGGUUACAGUUGGUUAUCCAAGCCAAAUAAAGGGAAAUGCCUGUCAGUACAGACAGGCAGGAAUUCUUCCCCCUCACUAAAUACCAUGUAGGAAAUAAAACAACAUGCUCUCACUGAACAACUGUGCAGGCUAUAUGCACUCAGCCAACAAGUUACAUUUCUCAAUAUUACCCGACUAUACUGAAGUGCUUUAAGCUCCUACAGAUUUUCCUUACUCAGUCAUGGGAGUUAGUGUUUAUAACUACAGAGAUGUAGCUGUUUAUCAUUUCUAAAUCGUCCAUUUUUACAUGAACCAUUUCGAGUAUCACUUACCAAUCCUGCAGCCCAAGGUGUUGACAGCCCAAUGUCACGUGACUGACUGACUGAUCUACACCGGCCAUGAUCAGACCCGAAAUGUAAUGAUAAUGUCACUAGCCAUAUUCUUUUAUUUGCUUGUUUUUUUGGAGUUUAAAGGCUAUAUGGCAAUCAUGUUUUACUGAAUUGUGUACAUUGAUCUUGUCAGCACAGUUCUCUACACACACGCAUCCUCAGACACACUCUCUCUCUCUCUCUCUCUCUCUCUCUCUCUCACACACACACAUACACACAUAAACACUCUUGUUUCUUUGCUCUCGAUGGUUGUUGAUGGUUGUUUGCCUCUGUGCUCCUUUCCUGUGCAUUUACCUGUCCCCUCCAGAAUUAUACUGAUAUGCCUAUUAACGGCUUCUACACUGAAAUGUUGGAAAAUGCAACGUUUUAAGUUGAAUGCAGUUGAGUAACACAACCAGGAAGCAGUUCCUUGUAGUCUUCAGAAAGAAGAAAAUGUGUGUUAAUAUAGUGAAAUGGUAAUUUUAUGCUUUUUUUCUAUUUUAUUUAUUACCUUAUUUUAACAUGUUUUAAAAGAUUUGUCCUUGUUUCAGAUGGUAUGUUAUUUGGAUGUGGCUAUGAAACUAUGCUACUUCUACUUAAAUGGCUAAGGUCUCAUGUACAUACAUGGAAUAAUGAAGAUUAAUAAUAGACCUUUAUGUUGUAGCAUGGUUAUUGUAUGUCUGAAAGAAAAAUUAACAUCUGAUUUGCUGGUGUAAAAUAAAUGUUUAUGAACAUUUCA